CCCCGGACCAGGACUGCCUGGCCCAAGUUUACCGCGGAGGGGAGGGGUUGUGAGUGGAUGAGCGAGAGAGAGAGAGAGAGAGCGAGAGAGAGAGAGAGACGCAAAGGGAAAAAAAGAGAGAGAGGAAUAUCAUUUGUGCGUCCCUCUCCUUGUGCUGCAGAGAAAUGCAGCCGACACACGCCUGCAGGUGAGCGGACAGGUUGCUGAGGGAUCCACGACCAGGAUUUACCUUUUUUGUUGUUGUUGCUGCUGCUUUUACUCCGGAGCGGUGUUGCAUCAUGACAAAAACUGCUCUCUAAAAAGUGACUUUGCAGGAUGAGAGCAGAGGCGGCUCGCUGGCUUCCACAGUGGAGUGUGUGACUCGCGUGGACAUAUCACAGCGGGGGGGAGAAAAAAAACAAACGUGAGUGACAAGAGACGAUGUGGACCGCUCGUACUUUCUGCUGACGCUUUUUUUUUUUUUUUUUUUUUUUUUUUUUGCACGUUGAGUGAUAUAUAUUUUUUUUAAUUCAUAAGAAAAGAGAGAGAGGGAGAGAGAGAGAGAGAGAGGGAGAAACUUGGUGCCAUCCACUGCAGCAGGCAGGGAUGUAGAAGUCUCACACAUGUCACUCCUCUCCUCGUGAAAGCCGCAAUUUGUUCCAGAAUCCACACCACCAAUUGAUUUGAAUUUUUUUUUUUUGGUGGGACUUUUUUUCCCAGACGAGAACAAUGAGGACUAUCGGUGCCGUGGACUAUUUGUACUAUUGCAUGCUCAUCCUGCAGUUUGUGCACCAGCCCGCUGCCAAGCAAGUGCUCCGGUACCGCUUAGCGGAGGAGGGACCCCCGGAUGUGAGGGUGGGCAACGUGGCUGCAGACCUGGGCAUCGUUGCCGGGUCCGGCGAGGUGACUUUCACGCUGGAGUCGGGCUCUGAUUUUUUCAAAAUAGACAACAUCACGGGUGAGCUCACCACCAACGAGAGACGGAUAGACCGUGAAAAACUACAACAGUGCCAAAUGAUAUUUGAUGAGAACGAGUGUUUUAUAGAUUUUGAGGUGUCAGUGAUUGGUCCAGCUCAGAGCUGGGUCGACCUCUUUGAGGGAAAAGUCAUCAUUCUCGACAUCAAUGAUAACACUCCAUCUUUCCCUUCGCCUGUACUGACUCUUUCUGUGGAGGAAAACAGACCCAUUGGAACCCUUUAUCUGCUGCCCACAGCCACUGACAGAGAUUUUGGCAGGAACGGAAUAGAGAGGUAUGAGCUCAUUCAGGAUAACGUGGAGAACUCAAGGCGCUCCUCCGGGGAUUCAUAUCCUGGGAAGAGGAGAUUUGAGGAGGGCGCGAGCAGAAGCAGUGUCUUUGAGCUGCAAGUGGCUGACACCACGGAUGGGGAGAAGCAGCCCCAGCUCAUCAUUAAAGGGGCGCUUGACCGAGAACAGAGGGACUCCUAUGAGCUGACAUUGCGCGUGAGGGACGGGGGUGAUCCGCCACGGUCCUCCCAGGCCAUCCUGAGGGUGAUGAUCACAGACGUGAAUGACAACAGCCCCCGCUUUGAGAAGAGCGUGUAUGAGUCCGACCUGCUGGAAAACAGCUCCCCUGGCACCCCCAUCCUGCAGCUCAAAGCGGCCGAUGCAGACGUAGGGGUGAACGGUCAAAUAGAGUACGUGUUCGGGGCGGCCACAGAGUCCGUGAGGAGGCUGCUGAGGUUGGAUGAGAGCACGGGUUGGCUAAGUGUGUUGCACCGCAUCGACCGAGAAGAAGUAAGCCAGUUGAGGUUUACAGUAAUGGCCCGUGACCGAGGCCAGCCUCCAAAAAUGGACAAGGCCACAGUGGUGCUCAACAUUAAGGACGAGAACGAUAAUGUACCUGCCAUCGAGAUACGCAAAAUUGGACGCAUUUUCCUGAAAGACGGAGUAGCCAACGUGGCUGAGGACGUGGUGGUGGACACACCCAUCGCCUUAGUUCAGGUGUCAGAUCGCGACCAGGGCGAGAACGGCAUUGUGACCUGCACAGUGGUGGGCGAUGUGCCCUUCCAGCUCAAGCCAGCCAGCGAGAUGGAGGGCGAGCAGAAUAAAAAGAAAUAUUUCCUCCAUACAUCAGCACCGUUAGACUACGAGGCCAUGCAGGAAUACAAUGUGGUCAUCGUGGCUGUGGACUCAGGAAGCCCCAGUCUGGCCAGUAAUAACUCUCUGAUGGUAAAAGUGGGUGACACAAAUGAUAACGCUCCCAUCUUUAACCUCAAUGUAGUGGAGGUGUCAUUCCCAGAAAACAACGCCCCAGGUGAGAGGGUGACAACGGUGGCAGCAAUUGAUGCAGACAGCGGGAAGAAUGCUGAACUAUCCUAUUCCCUCGACUCAUCUGUAAAUGGGAUUUUCUCUAUUGAUGCGGACAGCGGCGAUAUCCGAGUAAACAUCAUUUUGGAUCGAGAGCAAACGGAGCAAUAUGAAUUUAAAGUGAUAGCCAAAGAUAAGGGCAUAAACACCUUACAGGGCUCUGCAACUGUAGUCAUCCUAGUGGCAGACAAAAAUGACAACGAGCCAAAGUUCAUGCAAGAUGUGUUUACCUUCUAUGUCAAAGAGAAUCUGGAGCCAAACAGCCCAGUAGGCAUGGUUACAGUCAUUGAUGUAGAUAAAGGCCCAAAUGCACAAAUGAGUCUUUUUAUUGAGGAGGAGGAAGAUAUCUUUUCCAUUGAAAAUGACACUGGGACUAUUUUCUCAACAUUGUCCUUUGACAGAGAGCAGAAAACCACAUACACUUUCCGUGUGAAAGCAGUGGACGGGGGCGACCCGCCCAGGUCAGCUACUGCCACCGUGUCACUGUUUGUUAUGGAUGAUAAUGACAAUGCACCAACUGUCACCUUCCCAAUAAACAGUUCCUACACCCUUCUCCCGCCCUCCAGCAACAUCAGAACCGUAGUCAGGACUGUUAUAGCCACCGACACAGACACUGGCAUCAAUGCUGACCUCAAGUACAGCAUAAUUGGCGGGAACCCCUUUAAACUGUUUGAGAUCGAUGGGGGUACUGGCGUCAUUUCACUGGUGGGGAAGCUGGAGCAGAAGCACUAUGGACUACACCGGCUAGUGGUUCAGGUGAAUGAUAGCGGACAGCCUUCCCAGGCCACUACGACACUUGUUCAUGUCUAUGUUAAUGAGACUCUUUCCAAUUCCACGGUGGUGGAGGCGCAGGUGGCAAAGAGCCUGAGCACGUCUCUCAAUACAAACAUCGCUGGCGACCCCAAUUACGACCUCAGCAAGCAGCGUCUGAGCAUUGUCAUUGGAGUCGUUUCAGGAAUCAUGACAGUCAUCCUCAUUAUCCUGGUGGUGGUCAUGGCCCGAUACUGUCGGCCCAAGAAUAAGAAUGGUUACGAGGCCGGAAAGAAAGACCACGAGGAUUUCUUCACGCCACAGCAGCACGACAAGUCCAAAAAGCCCAAGAAGGACAAGAAGAAGCAGAAGUCCAAGCAGCCGCUCUACAGCAGCAUCGUCACGGUGGAGGCCUCCAAGCCCAACGGCCAGCGCUACGACGGCGUCAACGAGAAGCUGUCGGACAGUCCUGGCAUGGGCCGCUACCGCUCGGUCAACGGAGGGCCUGGCAGCCCGGAUCUGGCCCGACACUACAAGUCCAGCUCACCGCUCCCCACCGUGCAGCUUCACCCGCAGUCCCCGACGGCUGGCAAAAAGCACCAGGCGGUUCAGGACCUUCCUCCGGCCAAUACAUUUGUUGGCACCGGAGAUAACAUUUCUCUGGGUUCUGACCACUGCUCCGACUACAGCAGUCAAACCAUCAACAAGUACAACAAACAGGACGCUGACACCAGACAGGAGAACGAGGCAACUGGAGUCUUUUCCCUCGAGCAUCUUCUCCGUGGGUCCACGUCUUUGGCCUUGUUGAUGCUGCGUAGUGGUCCAUCACACUGCUAAAGCUCUAAUUAACGCGUCUAAGCGGUGCCAAAACAUUUUUUGUGCUAUGCAAAGUGUGACAAAAUAAAUGGAAGGGGUAAAAACAACAUAUUCUAGUCAGUAAUAAAGCCACUCUUUACAGUUUGUUACACUCAUGCAUCACACUAUUUUAGGGACUUAAGUUAUUAUUAGUUCAGUUCAGUUCAGUUUCAGUUUAUUUAUUCAAUGUACAAUACAAUGUAAUUCAUCACAUAUUUCCAGUUGUUUCAUUGCAGCACGUCCGAAAAGGAGUAGGAAGAAGCUGAGCUUAUUUAAUCCUACCCCCCUAAGCAAUUUUAUCCUAUUACCGUGUUCUCUGUAAUAUAACAGUGAACAAAUAAAUAAUAAACAAAUAAUAUACCACAGUAAGUAAACACAUAUUAAAUACAUAAAUAAUAUUUGUCUUAAUGAAAAAAAAAAAAAAAAAAGUGAACACUUGUAGUUUGAAUAGUCUCUUAAACUGAAUCAUAUUGUUGCUUUAUUUGGUUAAUUAUUUCCACACUUUAAUUCCACAUACUGAUAUGCUAAAGGUUUUAAGUGUUGCACGAGCAUACAAAUAUUUUAAAUUACAUUUUCCUCUUAGAUUAUAUUUCUCCUCUCCUCUAUUUACAUUGUAGAUUGUCACUGAAGGCAUCAAAACUAUGAAUGAACACACGUCGAGUUAUGUACUUCACAAAAAAAGUGAAAUAACUGAAAACAUGUGUUUUAUAUUCUGGUUUCUUCAAAAUAGCCACCCUUUGCUCUGAUUACCGUUUUGGACACUCUUGGCAUUCUCUAAAUGACCUACAAGAGGUAGUAACCUGAAAGGGUUUUCACUUCACAGGUGUCAUAGUUUUGAUGCCUUCAGUGACAAUCUACAAUGUAUUAUGAAAAUUAAAAAAACGCAUUGGAAUGAGAAGGUGUGUUCAAACUUAUUAGCUAUUGUAAAGGUCUUCUUAUAAAAAUACACCAUCAGACUCUCACACACACAACAAAACAACUGGCGGUACUAAUCCAACCAUCUUUAAAGUUGAUGCAUCCAAUCACAAGCCUGAAGAAAGUCAUUUCCGGAAAAAUACCACCAUGGAAAACUGUGGCAAAAUUCAAAUUGUGAACGUCAUGACCUCAUAAUACAUACUUGCCAACCCUCCCGGAUUUUCCGCGAGACUCCCGAAAUUCAGCGCCUCUCCCGAAAACCUCCCGGGACAAAUUAUCUCCCGAAAAUCUCCCGAAAUUCAGGCCGACUGAGUCCGCUUUCCCACAAUAUAAAUGGUGUGCCUGCCCAAUGACGUUAUAACUGUAGAAUGAUCGAGGGCGAGUUCUUGGUUCCUUAUAUGGGUUUAUUGUUAGGCAGUUUCAUUAACGUCCUCCCAGCGCGGUAACAACACAAACAGCAGUCACGUUUUCGUCUACCGUAAAGCAGUUCGUCUGCCGUAAACAGCAAUGUUGUGACACUCUUAAACAGGACAAUACUGCAAUCUAGUGCAUUUGAUGAAAGCACUUUUGUGCGUGCCACACAGCAAUGCAUCAUCAGAGAGGGUGUUCAGCAUGGUUAGAAAAAUAGUGACAGAGAAUAGAACAAGGAUGGACAAUUCAACCCUUAACUCAACAAGUAUAUGUGUAAAUAAAUAAACACUGAAAUUCAAGUAUUUAUUUUAUAUAUAUAUAUAUAUAUACAAUAAAAUAAAUAUAUAUUUAUAGCUAGAAUUCACUGAAAGUCAAGUAUUUCUCCCCUCUUAGCCACGCCCCCAACCACGCCCCCCACCUCCCGAAAUCGGAGGUCUCAAGGUUGGCAAGUAUGUCAUAAUAUCCUAAAAACUUAAAUUCCUUUAAAAAAAGAAAUGCAAGUAAAAUAAAUAUUUGAAGCUAAUUUCAUUCUACUGUCGGCGCAGAGAAACUAAUGUCGACUUCUUGCACAUAUCCGCACGAGCGUUCUCUGUCACACGCUCAGUCAUGGAAUUAUCCCAUGCAGCAGCCUGAUUCAAUUAGUCGGAGGUGAGGAGCUUAGAGAUGAGGGUCACCCUUGCUAUUGCAGCCCAAAUGGAAAUGUUUCCUGGGAGACCUGGCUUGUCUCUAAAUUAGUGCAGCUCUUGGGUCAUUGUCUCAUCGUGGCCCAGAAUGGCCUUUUUUUGGACGUUUCUCCCAG